AUGGGUGAUUCGGAUUUCACUAUCGAAAUCCACCAUGGUGGCAAAUUUGUUGACAGUGGACAACGAUUAGAGUAUUUAGGAGGAAUGGUUAUGGAGGAUUUACAUUUUGACGUUAAUGAAUGGUCAUUGCAAGAGAUUGUCAAGGAAGGUGAAGACAGUGGCUCUGGGUUGAUAGAGGUUGAAGUGGAUACUGAGUCAGAGCCUUCUACUGAAGAAGAGAUAUUUGAUGAUAGUGCUGAUGAUGGUGACCAUGAAGAUCACUUUGGGUUUGAGGUGGAGGAUAAUGAUCCACAAUCAAAUGCAUUUGGGGGAUUUACCGGCCCACUAAAUGAUGAGGAAACUGCAGCAGCUGAAACAGAUGAAGGUGAUGAAGGUUUAAGGGAGGGUGAUGAGCAAGUUGGGGGCAUAUCUGAUGGAUAUGAGACUGAUGAUAUAGACAGUUAUGAGGGGGACUCUGAUGAUAUGAUAAAAAAGAGGAGGUUUCCUAAAUAUAAUGAGGCAGAGAUGAACAGAGAGUAUGAAUUUCAGGUGGGGCUGGAAUUUAAAUCACUUAGUCAAUUUAAAGAUGCUGUUAAGGAGCAUGCCCUAUUGAAUGGUAGGGACAUUAGGUUUCGAAAAAAUGAUAAGGUGAGGAUCAAGACUUUGAAUGGAAAGCAUACAUGUGGAAGGAACUAUAGUGGAAGACUUGCAUCAAGUAGUUGGAUCUCAAAGAAUAUUGCCAACAACAUCAGUAGAGGCGAGGAGAUGAAGCUUGCGACAGUUAUUCAGACCAUCCAAGACAAAUACAUGGCUAAUAUCAGUGUUGGUAAGGCUUACUGGGCAAGGAGGAAGGCAAGAGAAGAGGUACAUGGGCAGGCAAUCCAACAGUAUGCUAAGCUAAGGGAUUACUGUGCAGAGAUACUUAGGGCAAAUCCAGGAUCUAGUCUGAGCAUAUUGGUUGAUAGGCCUUCUCUUACGCAGUCAAGAAAGGGCGACCAUGGACAGCAGCUGCUAGUUGCUGUUGGCAGAGAUUCGAAUGACAAUUACUUUCCGAUUGCUAUAGCUGUAGUAGAGGCAGAGACUAAGGACAGCUGGGAGUGGUUCCCAGAGAUGCUGUUAAAUGACAUUGGAGAAUCAAGAAAGUGGGUUUUCAUGAGUGACCAACAAAAGGGGCUGAUGCAAGUGUUUCAAGAGGUAUUGCCAACACUGGAGCAUAGGCUUUGUUUGAGGCAUUUAUAUGCCAACUGUAAAAAAUCCUAUGGGGGUGGUACUGUACUAAGGGACCUCAUUCUAUCUAUUGCCAAAGCUACCUAUGUGAAAGAAUAG